CCCUAUGUCAAAAAAGUGAGGGAAACCGUUUAAACAUAACCCCAAAUGAUGCUACAAAAGUAGAUGAACUGGUAAUAUUCGUAAUAUUUAAUUAUUGCAGUGUAUAAUCUGACUUGUUGUCUUGUUGGCGUAAAUUUAAAUUAACUACAGGUAAAAUGAGUAUGAAACGAGGAGCACUAAUCGUAAUAGAAGGUGUAGAUCGCUCAGGAAAAUCAACCCAAUGUAAAAAGUUGAUCCACGCUCUAGAGAAAAAGAAAAUUGAAUCCAAGUUGAUCGCUUUUCCAGACCGUAGUACCUUAACGGGAAAACUUAUUGACGAGUACUUAAAGAAUAAAGACUGUAAACUCAAUGAUCAAGCCAUACACCUCUUGUUUUCCGCUAAUCGAUGGGAAAAUGUGGAGAAAAUUAAGAAUCUGUUAUUUGAUGGGGUUACCCUAAUUAUCGAUAGGUAUUCUUAUUCUGGGAUAGUCUUUUCAUCGGUGAAAAAAAAUAUGUCUAUGGAAUGGUGUCAGCAUCCUGAGAACGGCCUUCCUAAACCAGAUCUAGUGCUUUUGCUAACUUUAAGUCUAGAAGAAAUGCAAUCAAGGCCGGGUUUUGGGAAUGAAAGGUACGAAAAUAUGGAAUUUCAGAGAAACGUGGCAAACAUGUACAACCAGCUCUACGAUGAAGAUGACAAUUGGGUUAGAAUUGAUGCUGCUGGGUCUAUAAAUAAAGUCCAUAAUAAAAUUUUAGAAACUUGUUUAAGGAAAAUAGACGAAGUUGGGACAAAACAGCUAAAAACUUUAAAUUUUAAUAAAGGCAGUUAAAAUAAUAGAUCUACUAGGUGAAUUUAUAAAUAUAUUUAAAUUAUAUUAAUUAUUUUUUAUAUAUUGUAUUAGUAUUUAGUAAUUGCACAUAUGAGGAGUAAUUGUAUAUAUACGGAUGUUAAUUAUUAACAUGAUGUCAACUAUAAACAGAA